AUGAGAAGAAGCUUGCUUACAGUAGCUCUCUUUGCAGUCUGUUUGCUUUCCUUCGCUAUGGCUGUCCAUAUUCGCAAGGAUAAGCAACAAACCUUAGAAUCAAAGGCUAAGUUAUACUCUGCUGAGGGAGAUGAAUUACAUACAAUCUCACUUAAAAAGAUUCCAUAAAGUCCUGGAGAAAGAAGAAAGGCCAUCGAGCUUCUCUCUACUGCCUAAUACUAUAGCUAUAAUAAGGAUGACUACUCAGCUGAAAAAGAUUUCAUCUAUACCCAAUAGAAGGAAACAUCUUUUACUAGCACUAGCAGCAAUUCUAAAACCUCUACUCAUACAGUAAAGCUUUAUAAUUUCAAGAAUGUUUAAUACACUGGUGAUUUAGCUAUUGGCUCAUCAGAUAACGUUUUCUCUGUCAUCUAUGACACAGGUUCAGCUAAUAUUUGGAUGAAUUCCAUUCACUGCAAUGACCCAGGUUGUGUAAGUCACAAGUAAUACGAUUUCCAUCAAUCAAAGAACUAUAAAAGUGUUGGACUUUCCCUUGAUGUUCAAUUUGGUACAGGUGAAUUAAUUGGUGAAAUGGCUUAAGACACUGUUUAUUUUGGUGAUAUCGAAAUUAAAGAUUAGACUUUUGUCGAAAUUCACGAGCAAAGAGGUGAUGUUUUCGCUCAGUCCAAGUUUGACGGUAUUGUCGGUUUGGCUUUCCCUUCUAUGGCUGCCUAUAACAAGAAUCCCUUAUUUGAUAGCUUAAUUGAACAAAAGAAAAUUUAAAAAAAUAUCUUCUCCUUCUAUAUGAGUCCACAUGACGGUAGAACUGAUUCUGAAAUUUCUAUUGGUGGUGCCAAUCCUUUAAGAUAUAGUGGUGAAAUUAAAUAUCAUAAAGUUAAGAAAGAUUACUACUGGCUUAUUGAAGCUUAAAGCAUCUUAGUUGGUGGAAAAGAUGUUGGUCUUUGCAAAGGUGGUUGUUACGUUAUUGCAGACACUGGUACUUCUCUUAUUACUGGUCCUUCUGAAGACAUCUUUACUUUAUUAGAUCACUCAAGUGUCAACACUAAUUGCAGUAACGUUUCAGAAUUACCUGAAUUAACUUUCGUCAUCGAUGGUGCCCACUAUACAUUAACAGGAGAAGAAUAUGUUUUAUAAGAAAACUCUGAUGGUUCUCAAUAGACUGUUGAAACUGCUUAAUCUAAUGUUGAAAUGAGCAGCUCCACUGCAUAAUGUAUUGUUGCUUUCAUGCCUCUUGAUAUUCCCAAUGAUGAAGAAAAUUUCCCUUAUGAAAAAGCUUGGAUUUUGGGAGAUACUUUCUUACAAAAGUUUUAUUCAAUUUAUGAUAGAGACAAUGACAGAGUUGGUUUUGCUUUGGCAAGACAUUGA